GGCCAUCGGGGGCCCCCUUCAGCUGGGGGCCCUAGGCAACUGCCUACCUUGCCUACCCCAUUGCGACGGCUCUGCUUGUGGGGACAUUUCGACCCCACGACGUAGGGCACACAUGGACACGCGCGCGCGCACACACACACACACACGCACCGCUUGUCAUGAGAGCGUCGGCUCAGUCGAAGUAGUCUGGACAAGCACUCAAGACCGCAUAUUUAUUUUUACUGGCAAAAAAGAAACUGGAUUCUUCCUCAACCUGUCCUUUACUUUGCAAAACGUUCGGUGGACUUCAGCAAAACAAAUUCGUGACCUUUUUCAUAGAAUUUCGCUAACAAAUGUGGAAUACAACAUAUUAAAAUGAUGGCCAAAUGGGCAUCAUCAACUGCGUCAGGGACAAUGCGUCGCGACAUUGAGUUCCUCGCGUGCUGUUCACUAAUUUAUUAGUAGCGACGAACCCGUUUGCCUUCAGAAGUAUGAAGAAUAAACAAUGUUUAAUAAUUGCUCGGAUGGGGAAUCUUUUCAAUCUUUUUCCAAGAACUUGGAGGAUUUUGAUUCUAUACGGAGUGUGCUCCUUUACAGUGACUUGGAGCCAGAAUGGUUGGAUGAUGUCCAGAAGAACGGUGAACUCUUCUAUCUUGAGCUGAGUGAGGGCGAGGAAGAAGCUCUGUUGGCCCAGGUCUCCGCCAGUCAGUCCGCUGCCACCAAUCAUGUACAUUUCAGUGAAAAGGAGGCAGAGAUUAUCACUGAAAACAGUAAAAAGAACACAGUCCCCAGCAAUAAAUCUGAAGCAAAACUCUGGAAGCUGGGCAAGAUCCUGAGACGAAAGCGGCAACCGUCUCUUAGAAAAACCUCCAAUGGAAAAGAGGAAGGGGCUUCCCAGCGGCCCACCUCUAUUUUGAAGAAUCAAGCAGAGCACCGGUCUGGGGUGGUGGUACAGCAGCAGCAUCUGAAGGACGUGUGUGUGUAUCUGAACCCCAAACGGCUCGGCACCGCCUCACCUCCAUCUCCAGAGAGAGGGGGGCUGCUGGAAGCCUUGCUGGGUGUGAUGCAUCGGCCAGGAGGAAGUUCAGGGAAGAGGGGGGGAAAACUCAUUAUACAUGGCCUGGUCCCACACAGUCCCGCCAGCAAGUGUGCCAAAAUUCUUAUUGGCGAUGUCCUGGUUGCUGUGGAUGAUGUGGAUGUUACCUCAGAAAACAUUGAGAGAGUUCUCUCCUGUAUACCUGGCCCCACACAGGUGAGACUAACUUUGGAGACUGUUGGUCCAGUUGGGAGCCCUGUAGACUCUGCAGUACCCAGACUGAAAGCAUCUCCCCCGGUCAGUCAACUGGUCAGACUGCUGUGGGGGGAGGACACUGUUGAGCUCCAGAUGUCUAUAGCACAUAUACCACACAUAGUGAUGUUCCUCUCACUUAAACUCGACUCUGAGUCGCCACAAGAGGAGCAGGACAUGUUGUACCAGUAUCCAGUGUCUGAGGCUUCGACCCAGCUGAAAGCGGUGAGAGGGAUUUUCCUGACGCUCUGUGACAUGCUGGAGAAUGUCACUGGUGGACAGAUAGUCAGUUCCUCACUGUUGCUGCAGAAUGAGUUAGUUCAUGUGGGCUACUGGAAGGAUGGCAGCAAUCUACUAGUCAUCGGCGUUCCCGCCAGCAAGGUUCCACUGCUGUACCUGCAGACUAUAAUCGAAGGAGUCGUCCGAACUCUCAAGGUCAUGUACGGCUCUCUUGAUAGUGCGUUCUGUGAGGUGGAGAACUCUCCCCGUCUGGAUCAUUUCUUCUGCCUGUUCUUUCAGCAGCUUUUCCAGCCCUCCCGUUUGAUUGAUAGCUCUGAACCGCCCUCCUCAGACAUCUCAGGGACUCUCUUCUUAGAUGGCUUACCAGCCGUACGCUGGCUCACUUUACCACCUGAUAUAAAGGUAGAGGUGGACACUAUACUAUCAGAUUUUGAGUCCUCAGAUUUUGGUGAAAUGUCUGAAGACUUCUACUGCAUGAGGCGUCUGUAUGUAAUUUUGGGCUCCUGUCUUUUCUAUAAGGGAUAUCUGAUAGCGAAUCACCUCCCUAAAGAAGACCUGCUGGACGUGUGUCUGUACUGUCAGCACUACUGUCUGCUGCCACUGGCAUCAGAACAGCAUGUGGGACAGCUGGUGGUGUGGAGGGAGGUGUUCCCCCAGCGGAGAGCCCACCCCUGUCCUCUCACAACACCCCCCACAUCACAUCUCAGUUACAGUGAACCACACGCACGGCACUUCCUGCUCAUAGUGGGCCUGAGACACUUUAUGCAGUGUGUAUUGCUGGAGGCUGGUGGCUGUGCCUCACCCACUUUGGGGUCUCCUGGUCCAGACUGUGUCUACGUGGACCAGGUCAAAGCCACCCUGCUUCAACUGGAGAGCCUGUAUGCGGGCAUCGAGGAGCGGCUUUCAGCUCCACCCACUCCGUGCCUCUCCUGCGCUGAUUGGUUCCUUCCUGCUGGUGGGCGGGAUCGUCAAGAUGUCAUUGGCAGCUCACCCAUACUCAACCGGCUGACGGCAGCCAUCAAACCCACAUCGCCGGCCGUGAUCAGUCGAAGUCUGUUUGGAGAGAUAGGGACAUCGGGUCUAAAAGGACGAAGACCAAGUCCACAGAGGAGUUUGUCUGAUAGUGGCAGCGAGGGUCACGGGGAGGGAGUGGCAUCUUUAACUCCGGGUUUGAGUCCUCAUGAGCGAACACCCUUUAGUGGUACACGCAGGGACUCCCUCGGGUCGGGAGGGUCAGACGGCAGCUUGGGCAGUGCAGGUUUUUUCAAGAUUCCGAGGUUAAAACACCCUAACCCGUUCUACCUGGGCUCCUUGAAGAAGAGUCUGACAGACCGGGAAACUGAGGAGAUGAUGCACAAUGUUCUCAAACUAACAGCAGGUGCGGAGAACACAUUGUUUCAUUACGUGUUAAUGGAGACAGUGCAGGGCAUCUUCAUUGCACCUACACACAGAGAAGUGAAUCAACUCAGCGGCUCUAUCCACCCGCAGCUCAUCCAGAACUUCUACCACUGUUGUCUGUCCAUACGUCAUGCCUUCCAGCAGAGCCUCCCCACACGGGAUCGUAGAGGGACGGAUCGACCGCAGAGCACUCGGGGUUUGGGCCCAGUCAAAGAACACGGCGUUCUGUUCCAGUGUAAACCUGAAAACUGGACAGAUCAGAAGAAACCAGCACCCACCAUGACGUACUGGGUUAUAGGACGAAUGCUUCUAGAACCUGUGCCCCAAGAGUUCUACGUGUGCUUCCAUGAUUCUGUCGCAGAGGUUCCUGUGGAGAUGGCGUUCCGGCUGUCUUUCGGCUUGGCCAUGUGAUAAUAUUCCAGAGAGACUUCUACAAGUUAUCGUCCUUAACAUUUACAUGCUGUUGUGCAGCACAGGGCUGGUCUAUGACAUUUCAUUGAAGGGCUUCUCAUUUUUAUGAGUUAUCUGCAGAAAUGUUUUCCACUAGAGAGAAUCAGACAUCAAUGAUACUCGAAAAGCACCCUUCUGUCAAACAGGCUACCGGUCCAUCCUUAAACCUUCUAUGGUAUUGAAAAAUGGCUCAAUAUGUGUAACCCAUUUUUAUGAUAAUAAUACCAUUUCUUCUUCCCUGAAGUAAAAACAAUAAAAUCGUGCAUUUAUUUAGGAAUUUCAUGCUAUUUUUAUCUUAUUUACAUGUACAUUUCUACAUUAAUUUGCAUAUACAAAUAAGCAAAAAAAUGCUGCUAUCUUGUGAACAAAAUAUAAACAUGACUUGCCAGUAACAGCCUGUAGAGGGCUGUAGCCACCUAUGGUGUAGUCUGAUGGCUUGUUGUAACCUAAUUUUAUAUUUUAUCACAUGAUAUGCAUUUGGAUAUUAUCAAUUUAUUAUGUCACAUUCUAAAAAUGAAGUGUUAGUUUUUGCAUUAUGUUUGCAAUCAAACCUGACCAUGGUGCUACAAAGAAAAGACACAGAAUAAGGAUUUUUCUAUCAAUAAUUUAUUUCAAACAUAAACAUUUAUAACUCAGAGUAAAUGCACAAUAAUGUCAAGAAAAUUUACAUCAAGAAACAGAAAUGAACUGCAGAAUUCUGAAAAUUAAAUUGAAAUUUCAAACAUUCUAUAGUAAAAAUGUAUUUUGCAAAAGUGUGUGUGUGUGUGUGUCAGAUUGUUGUCAUCAGCUGAAAAGCAACAAUUGCCUUGUAUUGCCAACAAUGACCAAAAGAUGGCUGUAGAGCUCCACUUAGUGAUGACCUGGUAUGUGUGUGUUAUCGUUUCACCCCUUAAUUUCUGAGUGUGUGUGUUUAGCAUUGUGACUUGAAGUCAUCAAGUCUUGUGCUGCUUAGAUAAAGGAAACCAUUUUAUUAAACAAGGGAAAAUAAAUUCAGGUAAAAGUGACCAAAUAAUUCCAUAGGUGGGCUUAGCUAAAAUGCUAACCAUGUGGCAAUCAUAUGUGGUUUAUGUGAUUAAACUUACCUUUUGCUGUUUUUUUUUUUUCAACAAUGGAAGUUAAAUACAGGCACGGUUUGAAGUAGAACUGGCUACUGACAAGUCAGCCAAGGCAUCAAAAUCAGAGUUCGAUGUGAUUCACAAACUGUCAGAAGCAACAAACUAAUAAAUCAAUUGUCCAUCUCUUUACAGACAAUACAUGCUUCUGAAAUGAGAAAAAAAAAAACUUUAAUACCUAUGAUUGAUUUCUCAAACAGGCACAAUAAGAUGAACGGCUUA